UUUGUUUUUCUGAAAACUUUCGUAAGACAUGGUUGAUAGAGAGAAAUUUAAACAAGCUUGUUCCAAGGGGUUGAGUGAGAGAUUGAAGGAAGAUAGGAUAAGCCAAUUACCUGAUCCUUUGAUUUGUCACAUUCUUUCUCAUCUUCCGACAAAAGAAGCUGUUACGACAAGCGUUUUGUCCACCAGAUGGAGGAGUCUUUGGCUUUGUGUUCCAAAGUUGAAAUUAGAUUCCAAAGAAAUCGGAGAUUUCAAUUCCUUUGUGAGUCUUGGCGACCGGUUUUUCGAUUCCGAUAGGGUUUCAUGCAUAGACAAACUCAAGUUAACUAUUGAUAAAAAUGGUGAAGGUGUUAAUGAUACGUCUUAUAUCACUACAUGGAUUGAUGCUGCAGCUAAGCGUAAGGUCCAACAUCUACGUGUUAACUUUCUUGUAAGGUUUUCUUAUGAGAUGCCCGUAAGCCUUUAUGUGUUUAAGACACUGGUCUCUGUCAAGCUCUUUCAUGUAACGUUGAAUGAUGUCGAGUUUGUUUCCUUCCCUUGUCUGAAGACUAUGCAUUUAGAUUGUGUUUGCCUUUCCAAGAUUUGCAAGGAUGCUGCUUUUGAGAGACUUGUCUCUUGCUGUCCUGUCUUGGAAGACUUAGAAAUUGUCCGAUGUACGAAUGCUCCUCAACCCCUUCGGGUGCAGUCUCGUUCACUGAAGAUGCUCAAUAUCGUACGAGGUUAUUCUAGUCAGAUUGAUUUUUUUCAUGGAGUUGUCAUUGAUGCUCCUCUGUUAUGCUGUUUGAGUAUCCAUGAUGCGAAAUCAAAAAGCUUCAUAGUUAACAAUCUUGAGUACAAUGCCAAGUUAGAAGUUUGUGUCACCUUUGGUUUAGAGGUUGCUGACCAAGCCAGCGGCAUUUCAUUGGGGAGAAGUCUCAUCAGUACUUUUCUGUCAGGGAUCUCGAAGGUCGGCGAUUUGACGAUACAUGAGAAGACUUUCAAGAUCAUUUAUAACUAUUUAAAGUCAGAAUCGCUGCCUCGGUUUGGUUAUAUGUCACGCCUAUGCGUCUCUCUCUAUCCAUCAUAUAUGAAAGGGUUGCCAGCAUUUCUUGAGAGCUGCCCGAAUCUGAAAUCCCUAGUCUUGGAGCUACAUUGUGGUUAUUGUUCCUACGGGGAGGAGCUACAUUUGGAGGAGAUGCCCAAGUGUUUGCAAUCAUCGUCUCUCGAGUUUGUUGAUUUCAAAUUCCCAUUUUGGGGAGAUGUUGAAGACAUGAAGUUAGUAAAGUGCUUCUUAGAGAAUUGUGUUAUUCUCAAGCAACUCACACUACAUUUGCAUUCUUAUCCAACAAAAGAUGAAAUCUUGAAGAAACUCUUGGAAGUCCCAGCCAAAUGUGAGGUUGUCAUUGUUGAAGAUUUCAUGGCUGGUUUGGCUGUGGUUGAUAAGAACUUUCAGAUCGUCAAUUUGGGUUCCUCUGCCAGACUAGAUGCUUCAAGCGAUGCGACAUGCAGUAGCAGCAUGAUUCAUGACAUUCUUACCGCCAUACCAAUGGUCAGGGAGCUAGUUAUUAGUAAUGGUAUUUGGAAGGGAAUAUUUCAGAUCUUGAAAUUGGGACCACUGCUUCAGUUUCGUGACCUAUCCCGCUUGAAUGUUCAAUUUUCUAAAUCUGAUCUUGAAAUGUUGCCAACCCUUCUUGACAGCUGCACAAAACUAGAAUCUUUAGUGAUGAAAUUGGAUAAGGAACCAUACAUGCGUGGUAACAAGAAAGAACCAAAGGUGGUGUUUUCUUCAACAGUGCCUCAGUGUUUGCUAUCAUCGCUUAAGUUUGUGGAAUGGAAACGUUCGUUCGUAGGGUAUGAAGGAGAAUUGGAGCUAGUAAGAUAUUUCUUGAAGAACUCAAAAGUAUUGGAGAAAUUUAGGCUUGAUACUUACUAUGCCAACAAGGCUAAGUGUGCCUUCCUUCAAGAAAUCCUUACGAUGCCAAGAUGCUCUAGCGUUUGUGAACUCCAUUGUUCUUUAAUUGCUAAAAAUAGAUAUGGUUAAUCAUUGAAAUCAAAGUAGGUUGAUCUGUUUGGUGGUUAAAGUAGUUGGUUUUAGGAGGGAUGUAUUAGGCUUUGAGCCAUAAUCAAAUAUUGCAGUUUUAAGUCUUUCUUAUGUUACUUGGUUGUUGCUGCU